UAUUGGUUUUGGUCUAAUUGAAUCUGCACUUAGCAGACGCGAAAGUAUUCAGAACACCUACAACAAGUAUAUUGUUUACCCGUCAAAUACUUGAACAAAUCAUCGUUUGUACUGCAUCAUAACAAAUCGUAGUCACACUGUGCACAUUGUUUGCUUGUUUUUUUUUAUGUAAGCAAUAGUUCUAGAUCUAUCCAAUAUCAUAAACAAACACAAAGCGUAGAUUUAGGAACAGACAAGCUUAAGCUACACAACGGGAGGUAAUUUUGGCAAUUGGCCAAAACAGCACUGAAACUUUGUGACCCCGUAGGUAACACGGUGUAGCCACGUGAUUGACAGGUUGAAAACGAAAGUUGAAACACUUGAGGAAGUUGUAGCUGUUUUAGAAUAAGACCGGUUUGUAGAGUUGUGUCAGCCUGAUGUAGAGUUAGCGUCUGUCGGUCGGCCUGACCAUGCCAGGGGACGUCCAAUGGCUGUGUGCUGUAGCCAUACUACAUGUACUAACCUUUGUAACAGAUGUGUCCUGUUCGUGGGUCCGUGUGGAGACGUCCCCGUUCCCUGUACACGCCGUACCGGGAGGGACGGCAACCCUCCCCUGUACCUUCACCCUGAGCCACCCCGCCGGCCAGGUCACCAUCACCUGGUGGCGGGAACCCACCGUGUCGUCUGACACGCGCCAGGCGGUGUACGAGGCCGGGCGGGCCGGGGAUCCAGGCGGCCGGGGGUACGACCAGUGGGAGGGGCGCACGUCUCUUACCGACCAGGCGUCGUUACGGAUAGCGGGAGUCAGUACGGAAGACUUCGGGACCUACGAGUGUGAGAUUAGGCACUUGGGGUACGGAGCUGGCCGAGGCUACGUCACACUUAACGUUAUCGUUCCCGCCAACCCGCCGCGUAUCCAAGGCAACGUCCCGUCACCUGCAGGCUCCGCCCUCACUCUCACCUGCACGUCUGCAGGUGGUCACCCUGCACCUGACAUCAUCUGGACGAAAGACGGACAAACCUUAGGACAGACACCUACGUCCACUACCGACUCACAAGUUUCCUCCACACUCAACCUCAGACUGUCCAAAGAGGACAACCGGGCCCAGGUGACGUGUACGGCGGUACAAGAUGGCGGACAAACUCUCGCUAACUCCGUUAACUUGAACGUUACCUAUCCGCCAGUAGGAACUAUAACAAUCACCCCUCCCUGGGUGACUGCCGGCCGGGGUGUGUACCUACACUGUCAGGUGGACAGUAACCCUCCGCUGGCGGGCGGUGUGCGGUGGGGCCGGGUGGGCAUGUCUCUCCCGGCGGACGGCGUGGUGAACGAACACGGGACGCACAGCUACUACAUCCCGCAGGCCCGGCCCGAGCACAGCGGGCGGUACAGGUGCAGUACCAAGGACGGAGUCGUCUUGGCCACAAAAGAACUUAUCAUCCAUGGUCCAUUUGCCACGCCCCCGCCGGCUACGUCACCGCCAUCCACUGCCAGAAAAGACGACCUGGUCGUCAGGACCACACGUACAGCUCACAUCAGAACCUCAAGCUCGCGAGCCUCCGCACCUUGGACAACAGUCAACCGGGUAGAGCCAAUCAUAGAUGACACAGUAGUCACUGACCGUUACCCGGAUGCCAGUCUGACGCCCCUGAAGAUCGCGACCAUGACGUUAGCAUCUCUUGGCGGAGUCGCUCUAUGUCUGGCUCUGAUCGUCCGGCUGAGAGACACCUGGAAACGGAGAGCGCCAAGACCAGGACCCCGGGACAAGGGGACCAGGACAAGGGUUACCAACCAUGUUGUCUCCAAUCUGCAAUUAACGGCUGACGGAGCUGCGCAAGAAGAAAGCAACGAUGAAAACCCGAUAACGAGCUCUGACUCCAGCGUCCAAGAGCAGAUUCCGCUAGGUUUCGCCGUGUCGUCCAGGACGUGUCCAUGGCUGACAGAAGACCACCCGCUUGUGCAACAGUUGCAGGACGUACUGAUGGACCCGGAACGUCUGGAGCUCGGCAGGGUGCUGGACGAGGGAAACUUUGGUCUUGUCCGCAAAGCAGGGCUGAGGUCAGAAGACGGGAGGAUGUCAACCGUCGCUGUCAAGACACUACAAGCGACCUCCCAUGCCAGAGCUCCAGAAGUGGCAGGUUUUCUACAAGAAGGGAUCACCAUGAAGGGUUUUGACCAUAAGAACGUGCUGGGGCUGAUCGGCGUGUGUGUGCCGCCGGACGGCUACCCUGCGGUCAUCCUCCCCUUCAUGACACACGGCAGUCUGCUGGCAUACCUACGGAACGACGAAAAUGACGUGUCCAUGAAACAGGCCUGCACCUUCUGUCUGGACGUUGCGAGAGGGAUGGAGUACCUGUCCAUGUUGAAGUUUGUACACCGGGAUCUGGCCGCUCGCAACUGCAUGGUGAACGGGAAUCUAGAGGUGAAGGUUGGAGACUUCGGCCUGUCCCGUCACCUCCACACGAAGCAGUACUACCGCCUGGGUGCCGAGGACGACCGGGAGCUGCCCAUCAGGUGGAUGGCACCUGAGAGCUUCCGCCGCCGGACCUACACCACCAAGACAGACGUGUGGUCGUUCGGUGUGCUGAUGUGGGAGGUGAUGACCCGGGGUCUGCAGCCGUACCAGCAGCUCAACAACUGUGAGGUGGCGGGCUUCGUCUGCUCAGGACACCGCCUGGACUGUCCCGAGUACUGCACGGAGAGACUGCACGGCUUGAUGUUACACUGCUGGGCGGCUGACCCUGACGACCGGCCGUCCUUCCCGGAGGUCACGGCAGAACUGGAGCGGACCCUGCUGGCGUCCACCGGGCACCAGUACACCUCACUACAGCGGUGUUACGUCAACAUGGCCGAUAUAGUCUAGAGCCUGCAGGCGUCUACAUUGCACGAAUGCACCUCACUGCAUACACUGUGGUGUUACGUCAAUUUUAGCGUUUUAGUCUAGGCCAUGCAAAGCCCUGCCGCUAUAUAACAUUUUGUGCAUCCUGCUGCCAAAGA